CUCAGAGUCAGAAGAACUUGCAUCUAUCCACAGCCUUGAACACUCAGACCAGGGUGAAGGUCAGUGAGUCACGAUGGCGUCCUGGAAACUGUGUACCUUUCUUUUGGCGUCCGUUCUGUUUGUUCUAGGCCGGAGGCUCGCAGCGUGUCUGCUAGGGGGCAGGCGGCUAGGAUGUCCGACAGGACAGGAUGGUGACUUGAUGGAGCAGCACAGGGCAAACAUCCUCCACUCCUUGUCCACGUCUGUCGACACCUUCAGCCUGGACAUGUACCAGGAGAUGGCCAGCAGAAGUCAGGACAACUUCGUCUUCUCUCCCUUUGGAGUCUACUCCGCCAUGACCAUGGUCAAGCUGGGAGCUUCUGGUCGCACCAAUAGACAACUGGCAGCGAGACUCCACAUGAGCCGAGGAGUUCACCAAGCUAUGGGGCUCUACCUCUCCAGCCUUCCACAGGAGGGUGACGGAAACAGCACCCUGUCUUUGGCCAACGCCAUCUUUGUGAGGCCUGGGUUCACUUACAACCCCGCCUACGCCAACCGCUUGAGGAUGUUCUAUAACACCACUGGACAAGAGAUAGAGGCAGUCGACCCAGAAGACUCCAUCAACGCCUGGGUGGAGAGCGAGACACAAGGGGAGAUCAGCGAGUUCCUGGAGCCUGGCUCUAUUGACGCCAGCACCGUCAUCAUGUUGGUUAACGCCAUCUACUUCCGGGGUCUGUGGCAGACGCCUUUUGACGCAGACUACACCUCGCCCACGACAUUCCACGAUGCACUGUCAAAGUUCCCAAGUUUGCUUUGGACACAUCUCAGUCAAUGAAAGAAAUCCUGCAGAGUCUGGGCAUCACCAGAGCCUUUGAUCCAGCAGCUGCUAAAUUUAGGACAAUGACGAGAGCGAGAGACGUGUAUAUCAAUGAGGUCGAACACCGAUCGGUGAUUGAGCUGGAUGAAGAGGGCACAGUAGCAGCCGCGGCGACAGGGGUUCAAAUCGCCACUCUGUCCCUGCCCCCGGAGUUCAUUCUGGACAGGCCCUUCAUGUUCCUUCUGCGGGACAAGGUCCAGGGAAUCAACCUGUUCGCGGGCAGAUACGCCAACCCUAACGGGGAAAAUCUGGCGAUGUAAUUGUAAGCCAAUCCUAAUAGUGAAAAUCUGGCAAUGUAAUAAAUUGUAAGCAAUGCCAAUCCUAACGGUGAAAACCUGGCUAUGUAAUAGAUUGUAAGCAAUGCCAAUCCUAACGAUGAAAACCUGGCUAUGUAAUAGAUUGUAAGCAAUGCCAAUCCUAACGAUGAAAACCUGGCGACGUAAUAAAUUGUAAGCAAUGCCAAACCUAACGGUAAAAACCUGGCAAUGUAAUAAAUUGUAAGCAAUGCCAACCCUAAUGGUGACAAUCUGGCAAUGUAAUAGAUUGUAAGCAAUGCCAACCCUUAUGGUGAAAAUCUGGCGAUGUAAUUGUAAGCCACGCCAAUCUUAAUUAUGAAAAUCUGGCGAUGUAAAUAAGCCGGUGAAGAUACAACAAUGUGUGAGAAAUCAAGUGUGGCUAUGCAUUGCAAUACUGAUGCAAGUAAACAGGAAGAAUGUUUACAAUAAUAAUUAUUAUACAAAAUGAGGGUACACAGCCAGAGCAGAAACCAUGUCUAUUUAAUGUAUGUACAAUAUGAUAACAGUAAUAUAAUUCAACCACAUUUUACACCAGACAGAAAAACGAGAUGAUACUGAUACACGAACCAAGGAUGACCCCCCCCCCCCCCCCCCCCCAAUGUGUUGUAAUAUAAACAUGACAAGAGAUUAGAUGAGAUUAGAUAGACAGACAGACAGACAGACAGAUAGAUAGACAGACAGACAGACAGACAGACAGACAGACAGACAGACAGACAGACAGACAGACAGACAGAUAGAUAGAUAGAUAGAUAGAUAGAUAGAUAGAUAGACAGAUAGAUGGAUAGAUAGAUAGAUAGAUACACUGAACAUUGUAUGCACGUUGCCUGGUAUUUAGAGCCCGACCAUUGUCUACAAUCUACAUCAUGGACUCGUGCACCUUACAGUUACAGUUUUAGGCAUCACUAGAGAGCCGAUGUCUAUCCUGUCCCCGUGGUUUUAUGCACCCCGCAUAAUUUAGCAAAAUUCGAUGAUUUUUUUCGGCAUAAUUUCUGAUUUAUUUUCCUUUAUCAUUCUUUGUUUUAAUAAAAACAGAAUCGCAUAA